UUGGGAAAUAAAGUGUUGAUUUGUAUUUAAAUAACUAAAUUAUGCUGCUCAAUUAUUAAUUAGGAAGCGUGCGUACAGUGCGUUUACGAAGUUCAUAGGUACAAUUUUGUAUAUAAUUUAUAUUACGUAUUUUAAUUAUACAAAUAUAUUUCAAUUGCAUAAAUUAUUCUGACUUGUUAUUAGAGAUUGGUAUAAACUAUGAGAGCAUACUUUACUGUUCAUUAGUGUAGCGUCAUUAGUGUUUUAUUCGGCUCGCAGUUCGCACCUUUCACAGCAGAUGGAAGAUGCUCAACGAAUAAUGUCAAAGUCAAAUAAAUGGAUUUCGUUAAUUCGUUUAAGUGUUAAAAAUAAACUGUUAUUCCCUUUGUUAAUUAGCGGAUCAGUAUUUGAUAAUUUUCUAUGUUUGAGUAUUUUAAUCCUGAGUCAUGGAGAAGGAAACCGAAAAUAAUAACGAAUCUCCUUCUACAUCUAACGAAUCUAAAGUAGAAGAAUCUCCUAAACCCUUGGCUUUUACAAUAGACUUUGGAGAAGGAAAAAGUGUCGACACUCAAAGGCAUAAAGCAUUAGUUGAAAAGUAUCAAAACAGACAUAGAAGAGGACAAUCUUUGUCUAAAAUAGACGAACCUUCAACACAAAAGAAGAAUGCAAAUGUUUCCAGUUUAACUCGAAAAUCUAGUACACAAUCUGAAGGUUAUUAUUCUUCAGAUGAACGGGGUGAAAAGGUUAGGACCAGCAGGGCUUCUCCUCACAGUAUGACCAAGUCUAAAGGUGAUCUCACUCUUCCACUGAAGAAUAUCCUUAAUGAUAAAAUGACUCAGUCAUUUCCUAAUGUGAAAUUCAAUCUUUCAACAAUUAGAAGUCCUGAUAUAGAGCUCAAGGACAUUUCAAGUCCUGAACUUGACCCAAUAAGUCCAUUUAGUCCUAAAGCAAAGGUGGUUCUUAAACAAAUGUCCUCACCAAAUCCUACAGUAGAAAGAAUCAAAAUUACUCGACAGCACUCAAGUCCAGAAUGCAAACCACAAAAAAAUGCAAGCAGUGAAUUUAUAGAUGGUAGUGAAUUUGAUUUUGACAAGUCUGAUUCUGUAAGUGAUGCAGGUACUUAUACUGUAGACAACGAUAAUUAUACAGAAGAACAAAAGGCCAGAAUGAGCAUAGACAAGGAAUUCAACAUUGAACAGGUUUCUGUUAUGAAGAAAACUGAAGAAUAUGUUCGUAAUCUAGCCAGUAUGGAUGAAGAUACAGAUAAAAAUAGUAGACCACAGAAACUGGAUGUGGAGCCUAUUGCUACAAAAUUAUAUAAUAAAAAUGUAGAUCGCUUAUUACCUUCUCCAAAGUCGCCAAGUGUUCCCACAUCACCCUUAGCUAUUAAUCAAUCUUACAAGACUUUUAUCUACAAAACUUGUAAUGAAAACAGAGAACCAAAGACAAAACUUUCACCGAUACUAUCACCCACACAAAAUUUGUCAAUUACAGAGGGGAAGAUCGAGGCGGGCAUCGAAAAUACAGACAUCGACGAUGCUCUUAACCAGACGUACACGAAAAUAAUGUUCCCUAGUCCAAAAUCAAAGACUGGAAUAGGUUUAUUAGAAGAUAUAGCGGAUCAGGGCAGUUUCACGUCGGUUACUUCUAGCGGAGCCUUCAGCCGUAAGGGAGAAGCUCAGGUAAAGGGUCACCAUCGACAGCCCAGCCUAACAAAGUCGGAAAUUCACGUAGAAACUUACACGUCGUCCAAUUCGCGUGGUCAGUCAGGAGACAAUAUCAUUCAUGCAACUAUCAGUCUCAAUCAUAAGGAAUCUACUAGCAAUAAUAAUAUCAUGGAAAAUAAAGUGCCAAACAUUUCCAAACUAAGUGCAGAACGACAGAACGAUGACUUUGCAGACUAUGAUCUAGUUAAUGCUACACUAACAUUGGGUAAAAUAAAUAAUUUACCUCCAGCGAUAGGUGGGAAGACUUCUCCCACAAAAAUACCUUCUCCUGUACACACGGCAAGACCUCGAAGUAGAAACAGCAUCAGCUCAGCAAACAUAGAUUUAUCAGACAGUAGUCUAGAGACUGAAUCUUAUCUCAAACCGACCCAAAGUAUCAUAAAUUCCCUCCAGAAAAAACUCUCCUUGGAUAGCGAUCAGGAGAGCGACUUCGACAGCAAAUGCAACAUCAGACUGAACAACAACACCAGAAAUUUAUUGAAACAAAAGUCCAAACACAUACGGCAUAAUUCUUUUGACGAUAGAAACUUGACCUUUUCCAAUAAGCUGGAACAUUUUCAGAACAAGAAUCUACAAAGUAUUGAUCAAACAUUCGGAAACAAACUACAAAAUAGGGCGGUAAUAAAAGUACAAAAUUCCCCCAAUAAUAGCCCAUUACGAAGAUCCAGUAGUUUCUCUAACAAAAACAAAGUCCCGCCUCAACCAAAAGUCUCAAACUUAACCAAAGACAUCAACUUAAAAAAUUCCCCUUCGUUAACAAGAAAUAGUUCGAUACAACGCUCAGCAUCUACUGCGAAUAUUAGACCUAAUAUUUUGCAGUCUCGAAGGUCUAGUGCUGGAUCAGAACAUGAAAAAAUCGACAGGAAUCAGUUUGGAGAUACAGAGUCUAGUUCUGAAGAAGAUUUUGAUAAAAACCUUCUAAAGAAAAAGGACUUAUCGAAUUUAACUAACACCAGGUACAAUCGCGCCUUCAGUUUGAGAAGGGCGCGAUUGGAUACCGAACCUUCACCUUCUCAAAAAUGCCCCAAUACCCCCGAAAUGAGACGCAAAUUCCAGACCAACGAUCAUUUGAGAAUGGAACGUGCAAUAUCGGUCGAUCGUAGACCUGUUAAAACGAAUGAUGUUCAAAGUCGAUACCUUCAAAAUAUCACUAGGAAUAAGAGCGCCACACCACCCAAAAUCGAAAUCUCUAAAAAUGUGCCAAAGUAUCAACACAUUACUGCUAAUGUUAACAAACCUCAAGUUUUUGCGCGAACGGAUUCAGGAAGAUUUAGCAUGCGAUCAACUAAAUCAUCAAUCCCUGGUUUCCCAAAGAACCAACGAAAAGAUCAAACAAAUAAAAAACAGUCUGGAGGCAGAAGUAAUUCCACAUUGUCCAGUAGGGAGGUAGAAUUUCAAAAUUGGAAGCGAAGAAAGAGUUACGAUCCCAUGAAGGCUGCAGCAGAAGGUAAGAAGAAAGCAGAGAUGGCGAAAAAGCAAGCGCAAAACAUAAUGGUCCAAUCUUACAUUGAAUCAAGUCAAGACUGUGAUAGCUCACCAUCUCAUUCUAGUUCUGUCCAUCGUUCUCAGAGCUUCCAUGGCACUGCAGCAUUAGAACAAUUAAUUAGCUCAGAGGACGAAGAUUUAACCCUCUCUGCUGACGAAGGCUUCAGUCCUCCUACUCCCAGUCCGUAUGAACUAAGUCCUGCUAGAACCAGACUAAGGGAGGCUUGGAUGGACAAAAUAUUGCACUAACUGCUCUAUGUGUAGGUAUUUAAUAACGUUAUCUGUCUUAACAAUAUCUGUUAAUAUAACGGUGUUGUACUUUUUAAGCGAUUUAUACCGGGUGAUCCACGUACAUGUUAAGCUUUUAAUUAUAUGAGAAAGAGUAUAGGGAAAUAUCCUGCGGAGGGCCGAUUUAUUAUGUUUUUAAAUUUUGCUAAUUGUAAUUCUAAAAUUAAUUCACUUGUACUACUGAGCAGUAAUUUUUUCUUGCUAAUUUACCAAAGACAAGCACGAAUUAUUUUUUAAAGCUUUUACCCAAUUGUCAUUUUUAUUUACUUAGUUCUGCAGGUGCUGGUGGACAAACAAUUAAUUAAUUAGUAAUUUUAACUCGUCCAUUUAAAGUUUUUCUUUAUACAUGAAUCACCCACCCUGUAUUUCAAUUAACUUUUUUGUCUUCAAUAACUGCAAAAAUACUAAAUAAGCAGUUUAAAACUCGUUUUCUGGUGCUAGACAAAGUUUCUGUGCUUUUUCCUAAUCAAAAAGAAUACUCAAUGAUUUUAUUUUUAUUUUUUUUCUUUACCGCUUUUGAAUUGUUAAUUAAUUAUAUUAUCG